ACUAUGGCUUAUAUUUUCAGGAGACGAUUGUAUCCUGAAAGAUGGAUCGAAAGGCACCUGCAGGAGUUUAUCAAACUGCUCAAACACUUUCAAAGAAAUGCUGAGAUUCAGCUUUCCAAACUUGUGCUCAUUCACCGGCUGGAACCCCUUAAUCUGUUGUUUAGACUGCAGCUACAUCACAGAACAAGAGUAUACUCCUGAUUUCUUGGUAGACGGGUACAACGAAGCGAAUGAGAAAUGCCUUGAAGAAUACUAUGAAAAAUUUCCGUGCCGCGAAUACGGAGGGGAUUUCGAGCAAUUAGAUGAUACCGUGCUCUGCGAGAGGCAACCAAGGUCAAGGUCACCAUUUCCAGUUGAAUCUGGCGGAGGGACUGCCAUAAAAGCGGUGUAUCCUCACAUGGCUCUUAUAGGUUACGGUGUUGAUCGAUCUACGGCGCAGUGGAUGUGCGGCGGGUCUAUCAUUACUCAUAGGUACAUCCUCACCGCGGCACAUUGCAUUUCGAGCCCAACGCUGGGCGAAGUAAGAUAUGCUGCGCUCGGUGUUAUGGCACGAACAGAGGAUCCGUUCCUGUGGCAAAUAUACGACAUAGUCAAAAUAAUGCCGUAUCCGGAAUACGAACCACCUUCCAAAUACCAUGAUAUCGCUCUUUUGGCCACAGGGGCCAGAAUAAGGUACAAUCGUGAUGUGUUGCCAGCAUGUCUGAAUAGAAAAGACCAUUUGCCAAGAAUAGCGACAGUCACGGGAUGGGGAGCUCUGGGACGGCGAAAACCAUUGACUGAAGUGUUGCAAACUGUGGCCGUCUAUAAUUAUCCUGAUGACGAAUGCGCCGAGGCAUACCCAGAGCAUAGGCAUUUAGAGACUGGGUAUGACCCUGAGACACAAGCUUGCUAUGGUGACCAGGAGCAUGAGAGCGAUACUUGUGAGGGCGACAGCGGCGGGCCCCUACAAGUAAUAGCAAAGAACAAAGAUGAAAGAGAAAAAUGUUUUCACACCGUCUAUGGUGUUACGUCAUACGGCAAAGCUUGUGGUUACGUUGGUAGCUCUGGACUGUACACCCGGGUCUCUGCUUACGUAUCAUGGAUCGAAAGCAUUACUGGUGAUCUUGUGGUAUAGAAAAUGUAAAACAAGAUAAUGGAUUUGUAGAUAAGGUACUAGCGUUAUAGAAAUACUUGGAUGUAUGGAAAUGACCCACGACACAAGGAUUAAAAUGCUUUUUGCGGGAGUCGAAAAAAAACAAUUUAGAAAAAAAAUACUAUAUUAGUAGAAAUUGGUAUAAGCAUGGCAACACCGAUUGUAGGGGACUACCAGAGAUAUAAUACAUAGAAUGAAGACUGAAAAUAAAAUGUCAUUUCCCUACAUUAUACGGAUAACCGACACUGAUGACCUCAAUCGGUUACCAGUGACACCAUGCCAAUAUAAGCAACACAACGACAAGCGUUUAUAUGAUCCACGAAUGCUUGUCCUGAGUCUGGAUGUCUUUGUGCAUGUGAUUUGAA